AUGAGCACUCAUCUUUAUGGAACGAAGUAUGGUCCAACUGAUACACAAAUUAAAACAUGGUCUGUUCAACGAACACUGGAUCCGCUAGUUGCUCAGGUCACUUCAUUAAUAUCUGAUCAGCCAUCGAAUACAAAGAAGGGUCGAUCGAAACAAGCACAUCUACUUGUUAGAAACGUUAUCCAGGCAACGGAAAAUUUUAUUAAGAAAUCUAAUGAAAUCGCUCAUGAAAAUCCUGAAAUGCGCAAUGAUCUAUUACAAAGUAUGGAAGAAGUUAAACAAUCAGGAGAUGAAAUGGCUGUUCUAUCGAAAGAGUUUGCCGAUGAUCCGUGCUCAAAGCCGAAACGUCAACAGAUGAUUGUUGCCGCACGCGCGUUAUUGACAUCAGUGACCCGCUUGUUAAUCUUAGCUGAUCUUGUUGAUGUACAAAUGAUUUUGCGGUCAAUACGCUUGGUGGAAGAUGAUUUGCAACAUAUCCAUGACGCAUCCAACCAAGACGAACUCGUUCACUAUUACAAACAAUAUGGGAAAGAUAUUGUUGAUUUGAGUCAACAUGCACAACGGCGACAACAGGAUUUGGUUGAUCGUGUGGAACAAGAAAGUCUAGCUGCUGCUCGCGGUACGAUAAAGCGUACGUCGAUAAUGUUGUUAACAGCAUCAAAAACUUAUUUACGUCAUCCUGAAAUUCCUUAUGCACGCGAAAAUCGAGAUUUUGUUUACAAUCAAGUGCGUGACGCUGUCGGAGUAAUCUCCUCCGUAAUCCAAGGACGACCAGUACCACCAACUCAAACACUAAAAUUAGAUUCGUCAUUAAACGCAGUAGGAGAUUUGACUCGAGCACUCAAUGAAUUCGACCGUCUGAUCAUGAUAAAACCGCAAAAAUUCAAUGAACAAGUCAUUCGACCGCAAUUGGAAGAACGCUUAGAAAGUAUCAUAUCGGGUGCAGCAUUAUUAGCUGAUUCAUUAUCGACACGCGAAGACCGUCGUGAUCGUAUUGUACACGAAUGUAAUGCUGUACGACAAGCUCUCCAAGAUUUACUCGACGAAUAUAUUCAAUUUUCACGAAAAAAAAGUUCGGAAGAUCAUGUUAAUGCAAAAAUUCAAGCAAUGCAAAUAAAGACACGUGACCUCCGGAAACAGCUUCGCAAAGCAGUUGUUGACCAUGUCAGUGACACAUUCGUAGCAACAAAUGUUCCACUGCACGCAUUGAUCGAUGCAGCACGACGAGGUAAUCCCCAAAUGUUGGAAGAGGCGGCACAAAUUUUUAUGGAACAUGCAAACAAAUUGAUCGAAGUUGCUAAUGUCGCUUGUUCAAUCUCGGAGCAAGUCGAAGGCAUCAAAUUAGUUCGUCUAGCUGCUAUGGAAAUUCAGCAUUUAUCACCUCAGGUUGUCAAUGCUGCUCGCACGCUCUGUGCGCGAUCAACAUCCAAAGUUGCAUUGGAAAAUAUGGAUGUUUUCCGUGAUACAUGGGAAAAACAUGUUCGAUUGUUAACAGAAGCAGUCGAUGAAAUCACUACUAUUGAAGACUUUCUUGCUGUAUCAGAAAAUCAUAUUCUUGAAGACAUUAAUCUAUGUAUUCAGGCCAUGGUUGAAAAGAAUCCAGAUCGUAUUGAUCGCACAGCAGGGGCAAUUCGUGGACGAGCAGGACGUGUAAUUGACGUUGUUACAUCCGAAAUGGAAAAGUAUGAACCAGGAGAAUAUACUGAAGGUGUCAUGGAAAGCAUUCGAGUUCUUCGCGAUCAAAUCACGCCUAGUUUUGCUGAUCGCGUCAAAAUGGCUAUUGAUACACUUUGUUCAAGAUCAGGUCAUGAUGAUGGCAAAUUUGAAUUAGCCGAACAAGAAUUAAUUGAAGCAUCGAGCAGCGUUUAUCAUGGCAUUCGAGAUGUUCGUAAUAGUGUUCUGAUGAAUCCGGAUCUGGAAUGGCCAAGUGAUGAUGAAGAUGGAGGAAAUGAAGAUGUUUAUGCCCAAUCUCAAACAUCAAGUCAUGGACCAUCAUCCGAUAGUCAACAAGUUGAUUAUGACAUGUAUUCAGGCAAUAACGACAAUCCAAGUCGAGAUAUGAUGAGACGAUUACCAAAAGAAGAACGCGAACAAAUCGAAUUACAAGUAGAAGGUUUUAAGAAGACUAAACGCGACUUCGAACGUGAAGUGCUAAAAUGGGACGAUCGUGGUAAUGAUAUCAUCGUUCUCGCAAAGAAAAUGUGCAUGAUCAUGAUGGAAAUGACUGAUUUUACCCGUGGUCGUGGACCAUUACGUACAACUAUGGAUGUCAUCAAUGCUGCUAAAAUGAUAUCUGAAUGUGGAUCAAAACUGAAUAAACUUGCUAAAGAUAUUGCUGCUCAAUGUGUCGAAUCUCAAUCCAAAGCUGAUCUUCUUGCUUAUGUUGAUCGUAUCACAUUAUAUUGUCAUCAAUUAGAUAUAACUAGUAAAGUAAAAGCUGAUGUGCAGAAUAUUAGUGGUGAACUCAUCGUCAGCGGUCUCGAUAGCGCCACAUCAUUGAUCACAUCAGCGAAAAAUCUAAUGAAUGCUGUUGUUCUCACUGUUAAAGCGUCAUACAUUGUCUCGACCAAAUAUCGUAAUAAAACAGGCAACAAAGAGCCGGUUGUUCAAUGGAAAAUGCGUUUGCCUGAAAAGAAGUCACUGGUAUUCUCAGAUCGACAAACAGAAUCUCAAACAGGUGCGAAAAAGAGUAUUGUGAAGAAACGCCUCGAACCUUUACAUGUUCUAAGUGAAUUUGAAAAUUAA